AUGCGAAAGGGCGAGGUGGCAAAUUUCAAGGUCUCGCCUGAGUUCGCCCAUGGAGCAGAGGGAACAGAGAAGGUACCUCCCAAUUCUACAGUGAGCUACGAAAUUGAGCUGGUGGCCUGGAAGCCGCGUUUCGAUCUGUUUUCAGAUGGGGCGGUUAUCAAGACGGUGGUCCAAGAAGGAAUAGGCUGGAGAAUGCCGAGAAUGAAGGACGAAGUCUGCCUUUCUCUGAAGGUGGCUGGGCUCUAUAUGAGCUUUUGUCUAAACUCCUUAAAGGGGGGUUAUAUGGAGGAUUAUAUAGGGGUAUAUUAUAGGGGUUAUUAA